AUGUCUGAAGCUGCAGAGAAUCAACGAGUUCCUCUGGAUCCAGAACCUCAGCCAGUCGAUCCCGGACCAGCCGAUGAUGAUAUCGAUUCGGCACUUGGAGAUGUGAGCGCUUCUAAACCACCCGGCAUUGUCCACAUGACUGAUCGGACACCGGCGUUACAGGGAGACGAUCUUCUGUCAACGUCGUCGUUGGCAUCGAGCGUGUUCGACUACAUCCAAGAACACGGAAGAAGGUAUAAUGGCUAUGGCGAGCGGACCUAUGUACUUCCCAACGACGAGAUGGAAUUAGAUCGUCUCGAUCUGCAGCACCAUUUGCUCAAGAUGACCUUCGGAGACAGACUGACAACUUACGAGCCCGAGCAGAGUAAAGACAUCCAUAACGUGCUGGACAUAGGCACCGGGACAGGAAUUUGGGCCAUUGAAUAUGGUGAUGCUCAUCCGGAGUCGAUAGUGCUCGGAGUGGAUGUCAGUCCCGUGCAACCGGCUUUUGUCCCUCCGAAUGUGCGAUUCGAGGUUAUGGACGUGGGACAGCCCUGGUUGUUUACCACUCCAUUCGACUUCAUAUUCAGCCGAUUCAUGACCGGAGCGAUUGCGAAUUGGCGACAGUACCUCCAAGAAUGUUUUGAUAAUCUGACACCAGGCGGGGCACUCGAAGUACAAGACAUAUCGUUCCGUCUCCGCUGCGACGAUGGCUCUCUCCCAGAGGAUUCGGCAUUCCGCAGGUGGGCCGGAUAUAUGCUUGAAGCGAGUAUCAACCUGGGAUGCCCGCUCGAUAGCGUCGACUCGGUGCGGGAGCUCAUGAUCGAGAUAGGGUUUGUCGACGUCGAGAAGAGGGCUUACUGUUGGCCGAUGAACCAGUGGCCAAGGGACUCGAGGUUGAAGAAGAUCGGGGUUUGGACUUUCCAUGACUUUACCGCUUCUUUGUCGGGCAUCAGCCUUGCCCUCUUCACACGAGGCUUAUCCUGGUCUCCGGAUGAGCUCGAGGUGUUUCUAGUCGACGUCCGGCGAGACAUGAAGAACACAGCUUAUCAUGCAUACUGGCCGAUGUGA